CUCUCCGCGCCCGGGUUUCCUGCCCGAGCCCGGCGCUGCCCGGCCCGAGGCAGCGGCACCUGGCCCCGCGGCCAGCACCAUGGGUGAGCGCCACACGGACGGCUUCUCCUGCAGCGCACCUGAAUCGCUCCAGUCACUGCAAUGAAUGGCCAGACUAUCCCAGCAAGCACUCCCGGGCGUUCCCAGGGCUGGAAUGAGUUCUGCGAACUGCACGCCAUCACCACGGCCAAGGAGCUCGCCAAGAAGUAUCUGCUGUUUGCCACCGAGAACCCCCACCAUGACCUUCUGGCAGCCGAGAACUUUUCGGUGCAGUUCACAGACCUCUUCCAGCAGUACUUCUGCAACGAGGUGAAGGAAGGCUUCGCCAUGAACCAGUUCAGGGUCCUGCCCUUCAGCAGGGUACAGGACUAUAGGGAGACCAGCAAGAGGCACGCGGAUACCUCUUUGGGGCCGGUCGCAGCCAAGGUGGAGACGGAGCUGACUGCCCACUCUGAGUCUGACAGAGCUGCUGACACUAACGUCCGGGACCUGCCCAAGUUGUGGAGCUCUGAGGAGCUGAUGGGGGCAGCCUCCCCUCUGACCACCAGAAGACACUUCUCCCUCACCCAGCUGCGGAGGAGCUGGCGCAAGUUCUUGCGCAGGGGAUCCUCCGAGGCCCUCCCGGGAGAGGGGGAGACGCCGGAGCCUGCUCUCAAGCCUGGGCUGGCCAAAAAGAUCCUGCCGUGGACCCUGUCCCGAGAUCAGGCUCACGAGGUGUGCAAGGAGGGUCUCUUAAAAUACGGCAUGGUAGAUGAAACCACCAUGGACAGUGGGACACGCUGGCAGCGGUGCCGAUUGGUUCUACGGAAGGCAGGGACGUCAGACAAUGAAGAAUAUGUCUUGGAGCUGUUUGAUCCCCCCAAGUGCUCCAAACCCAAGCUGCUCACGACCUGCUCCGCUGUCCAAGAGAUCCGGAGAUGCACCCGCCUCGAGAUGCCAGACAACUUGAACACCUUUGUACUCAAGGUGAAUAACUGCACAGACAUUGUAUUCGAGGCUGGGGACGAGCAGCAGCUGAGUUCCUGGACAGCCGAAAUCAAAGAAUGUCUGGCCCGAGGGUCCGGGGGAGCCGAUGUAGAGCUGCUGUCAGGCCAGCACUCUGACACCGUGAUGUCCAGCCCUGCAACUGGCAGCACCGACGCCCUUACGCAAGGCGCUAUGCACUGUGGGCAGCCAGAGCCGUCCAGCCAGAAAACCGACCAGUUCCUCUUGUCCUACCCCUGGUUCCACGGCCCCAUUUCGCGUGUCAAAGCCGCCCAACUUGUGCAGCUGCAGGGGCUGGAAGGCCACGGGGUUUUCCUUGUUCGACAGAGCGAAACCCGCAGGGGUGAAUACGUCCUCACCUUCAAUUUCCAAGGACGAGCAAAGCACCUGCGGCUCUCGCUGACCGAGUGGGGGCAGUGCCGGGUGCAGCACCUGCGCUUCCCCUCCAUCCUGGACAUGCUGCACCACUUCCAGCAGUGCCCCAUCCCUCUGGAGUGCGGCGCGGCCUGCAACGUCAAGCUCUCCAGCUACGUGGUGGUCAUCCCAUCGCCCCAAGGUCUCAGGAAAAUCACUUUGAGAGUUGGGCUUUUAACAGCGCUUUUGCUAUUUAUGGAGAAGCAACAUGAACCCCUUCGGUGGAACAAAGUUACCCAAAAGGGGGAAUGCACUAAUUACCCCCUUUCUUCUUGUACCUUAUUGUGACUAGGGUUAGACUUCGGCAUUUCCUCAGUUAGAAUUACAGUUACAGGAGGAGAUGUGACAUAUUUGCCUUUGUGCUUCUUUCCUGAGAGACAGGUCUGUGCAGAGCUGUAUGUUAGGAGUUAAGAUUUAUAGAUUCACAAGCAGUAAAUAGGUAAUUUCACUAACCCCUAAAAUUGUCACUAGACCCAACCUCUUUUCAAGGUAAAGCACUUCAGUUACGCCAGAGUUGAGCCACACCAGAAGGGGCUCUGUGGUAGAAGAGUGUCUCUGGAAUGUGGCUUAAGGGAGCAACGCUUAAAAAAAAAAAAAAAAAAAAAGCAGAGAGACAUUCAACUUAAAAAGCCCUUUAAUGUCUGAAUUUUGUACAGCCAGUACAUGUCUUACAAUUACUGGAAGUUCGCAAAAGAUGCUGUUCCCUCUAGAUCACUUUCGUGCAUUUGACAGCACUUUGUCAAGUCAGUAUCUCCCUUCAUGGAAUGGCCCUUAAAUUCUGGCCAUAGAAUUAAGUUCUAUAUGCAUAAAUGGGACCAAGAUUUCUGCACCACCAGAAACUGGAAUUCUGUCAUCUCCAUUUUUUAUAAACGGAAUUCAAGUGGCCAGUGCCCUUAUCCUCACCAAACACAUUUCUAAGGCACAAGCAGAUUGCGAGGGACAGGAAAACCAAGACAAUCUCAGCUUCAUCCUAGCUUUGCAAAAGAAGCUGCUGAAGCUCCCAUCAAUCUCUGUUCCCUUGUCUUAGGACGUCUCUGAGGCAAGGUAUUUCUCAAGCCCAAAGUGAUAUGUCUAUAGUAUACUAGGGCUCCUUUACACUCAGUAAGCGGAGCGAUCCACAGGAUGGUUUCUGCCAAACAAUUCACUCCCCUCCAUGUCUGACAAACUGAGUCCACUUAUAAGUCCAUAGGGUAGCUUCUCAGUUGGAGUGAAUUGUCCAUUGCCCCUGGGUGACUUCAGCGGAGCUCUGACCCACCACCAGCCAAGGAUCUGCCCCUUGGACUUUUAAAAAAAACAAGGUUCAAGAACUAAAUAGAAGAACAAUGUGGAAGAUGGCUACUUCUCUCUGCAACCCUUAGGAAAUGCUUGUUUUAUAGGCUAAACCUUGCUCCAAAGCCAUCAACAUGUCCCACUGACCACUAACCAACCUGCACUUUUGGCAGGCAUACUCAAAGUAUUCAUUCCAUGAUCAGAGGAAGGCUGGAGUGGCUGUGACAGAACAGGGUGUGAAGGUGGAAUGCUCAUCACAGCUCUCAUGCCUGUGGGUAAACAAAGCAGCCAGGCUGCUUCUGGGUUGAGAUUUUUGGCCUGUCUUAUUGUUUAAGUGGCAGUAACCAAACACGCACAUAUUUGGAAUUAUGUUGAAUUGCUAGGGCCUUCUUUCUGGACUAAAUGGAACUUGUUUUUCUUACUUAAUACAAUAUACACCAAGUUCGUUGUCAUUCAUUCAGUGCUCCUGUGCAAACAAAUCCAAGCACGUGACUAUAAGUUCCUUCUCCUGGUACCUAGUUGGAAAGUUGUUCUGAUUAUUCACUAAAGUUGCAGUUGUUUCCUUCUAGAAUUUCACUGUCAAGUUAGCCAAAGCUAGGAAGAAGCUUGAUAAUCCAGACUGAAAGGCUGGCAGACCAUUCCAGUUCACUGCUGAAGGGGAUUGUGUAUGGAAUCUGAAGAAUUGUACACCAAACGCUAACAAACAACAGACUGACUGUUCACCAUCUCCAGCCUUCCCCAGCAGUGUUCGACCCAUCUCAUUCCUUUCCUUCUCCAGCCAAAGGUCUACUUUCCUUACCUGGGCAAAUAUUCUUCCAGUCCUUCCCUGUUUUGCUCCAACAAAACCUCCCGUCUCCCCCUCACUUUGGUGUUGGGGUCCUAAAACCAAUUAUACAAUAAUUGCAGGGUCAGUUCUUUAAUCUAUUUUCCCAGGUCGUGGGAAGCUGAACUUCUCAGAAUUCCAUCCCUUCUAAAAGGUAAUUGGCUUGUGAUACAUUUCCAAGUCUGACUGAGUCCUGGCAGUACAGAAGAGGAAGGGAAACUAUUUCAUAACUCACACAGUACACACAAUGCUGUAGUAGAAACCUGGGGACAAAGUGUUAAGCCCUUGAAACAUACACGACUUCAAAGUAAUUUUAUGGACUUCUCUAAGAUUUUUUUUGCCAAUUAACUCGUGAAGGUGUGUGGCAUGUUUCAACGUUGACUUUUAUAAGAUUUUUUUAUAUUUAAAAGCACAUUAACAACAUCUUGUAGGCCAAUGAAUUAGCUGCAUUUAUGAAGCGUUCUGAAGACAGUUGCUUUCAAUAGUCACAGCCUUAGCAGGAUGGAAAGGCAAAGGGUGACACUGAACUUCUGCAUGUUUCACCUUCGCAGCUGAGCAGGUGCCUUCUCCCCUGGAACUACCAGAUGCCAGGGAACAUUGCCAGCAAGCUGCCUGCUUUGACCUAGGUUCUCAGCCCCUGCUAGAGUCUCAGGGUCCAGAGAAGGGGUACACAAAAUUAAAUGAUUGGUUCCAAAGUCUUACCUCUCAGGCUGACUGAUUGAAAACAGCUUGUCUAAGGGCUAGCACCAUAAAGGAGACCAGCAUUUCUGGUUUUCCACAGAAACAACAGGUGGCUGGGCUAGUGAAACGUUUCUUUUUUCAUAGCAGCAUUAGGGCUGCGCUCCACAGUGAAGACAUAACAGUAUGUAGUGCCUCAACUAGCUCAGCCUAUUGCCAGGCAGAAGCCUGGUUUAGCAGGUAACUGUGAUAGAGCCUACUGGCUGUGCCAAAACAGAAACAGAGCCCUCCCACCCCCAACUCUACACCCCCUUAUUCAUAUGAAAAGCCUUACUUGCUAUUUGCUGACAAAUGGGCACUGCCUACAGGCAACUCUUGCACGUCCUCCUGAUAGACAGACCAUGCAGAAGUUUGUGUUAUCACUAUGGAAGUACCAUUCCGGUCUAGCUCACUGAAUGGCCUAACCCCACAGGGAGAGGCUAACCCAGCAGGUAAGAACAGGGUACCUAAAACACCGACAGCAACCUCAUUGAUCCUUUUGCUUCAAGGCUGCGUUCCGCAGUGAAGCUUUGAGGAAAAGGUCCAGGUCAGCAGAGGAAGCAUCAAAGCCAACAUCAUCAAAGAAUUAAAUCAGCCUAGUCUGUGCCACCGUGAUGCAAUAUUGGCUGACUGUUGAUAUUCCUUGGACCACAGAAAACUGUCAGUUUAGAGCUGAUGUGGUUUUACUUUACUAUGCAUAUAAGGCCUGUCAGUCAGGACUGACAAGUUUGAGUACAAUAUUCCAUAUUUCAAUAUAAAAGCUUGUUGUAUGAGAACAGGAUGUUAUCUUAGCCAGCACAUGCCCACAGCGUAAGAGUUGAGAAUGCAUUCUAUCGUUCACUGCCUUUUUAUCCCAUAGGCAAAUUAAGGCCAACAAGGGUUUUGUUGGAAUCAAGUGCAUUUAUUUCAAAGCUCUACUUUUCAUCAACAGAAUUCUUGUAUAGUAGAUUUUCUAUGUAUUGUUUCUGUAUGUACUGUACAAGUAACUUAUUCUUGAAUAAUGCAAUUUUGCUAUAAUGUACAAAUCAGCUCUUAAAUAAAUUGUUUUUAGAAUGUUUGUUCUUA